AUUAAAUAUUGGGCUAACGACAAAAGACACCUUGCAGGUUUGGGGUGGUUCUCAAUAUGGACCCAAGGUAUCAAUUUUAUCAAUUUACACCCUUAUGUUUGCAACAUCGUCCAAUUUCAUCACUCCGUUAAGUUGACCGUGUAGUCAAUCAUUAAAUGCUGACGUGUCUACUGGGAGACCCACCUACUAAAAAAAUUAUUUAAAAUAAUAAAAUAAUAUUCUGACCGAAAAAAAAACAUAAAGUUUAAAAAAUUCAACUUAAAAAAUCCCAGCCCCUCUAGAUCCAUAUUGUUAUCCACACCCUCAUCUUCCUCUAAUUCCUUCCUCUUUUCUAUCUUCCACCACGACCAGGAUCUUUGACCGACAAGCCCAGUGCUGCCGCCAGCCCCUGGAAACCAGCGCAGACGACGAAUCUAGAAAAUUUCCAGCCGCUGCCAUUGUUAAGUUUAUUAUUAUUUUUUAAACCCAACCCAGCAGCUUUGCCCUCAUCAUUCUUCUUCCUCUUCCUUCUCUUCCACUACCCCCACCUCCAGAACAGAUCUGCCAUGGCCACGCCCACAAUCGCGCCUUCUACUGUGGAUCCCAGAGAAUAAGAGUCACAACGUUCAAGACCCAUAUGAUGUCGAAGACCCAAAAAACCCAGAAAUAAUGAAUAUGCAGAUGGAGGAAGAGAAAUUGAACAAAGGGAUCUUAAGCCCCAAAAGGGCCCUUGCAGAUCUACCCAGAAAUCAAAAAUGAAAAACGAAAAGCUUAGAGAGAGAGAGAGAGAGAGAGAGAGAGAGAGAGAGAGAGAGAGAGAUGCCAUGAUGACUCUUCCUCCUCCGACCUCAGCACCUAGAAAAAGACACACAUGGAAUUCUAGAAACUACUUGCCAAAGCCAGACACAACCUCUCUAUUUGCUCCGAUGGACUCGCAGACUCCAACUCCAAAGAUCACGUACUUCAAAUGCGGUGGAGUGUCACUUGGUGUUGGCAUGGACCACCGCGUUGCAGAUGGAGUUUCUGGUCUCCACUUCAUAAAUACAUGGUCUGAUAUUGCUCGUGGUGAUCUCUCAAAUAUUAAACCGCCUUUCCUGGACAGGACAUUACUUCGUGCCCGAGACCCACCUCAGCCUGCAUUCCCCCACAUUGAAUACCAACCUUCUCCACAAAUGAAACCUUCUGAUAAUCUGAAAAGUACAAGUAAUAUUACUACGUCCAUUUUUAAAUUGACGAGGGAGCAGCUCAACAUCUUGAAAGACAAGUCUAAGGAAGAUGGCGGGAAUAAUAUUAAUACAAUCAACUAUAGCUCAUUUGAGACGUUGGCAGGUCAUAUUUGGAGAUGUGCUUGCAAGGCACGUAGACUUUCGGAUGAUCAAGACACCAAACUACUUAUUGCCACCGAUGCACGGUCCAGAUUGCAACCCCCACUCCCACCUCAUUUCUUUGGCAAUGCUGUUUUCAGAACCACACCAAUUUCUGUUGCAGGGGAUCUCCAAUCGAAGCCAACAUGGUAUGCUACAAGCUUUGUUCAUGAUGCUUUGGUGCGGAUGGACAAUGAUUAUUUUAGAUCAGUCCUUGACUAUCUUGAGCUUCAUCAUCCUUGUCUUUCUGAACUUAUUAUGGGUCCUCCGUCGAUUUGUUGCCCAAAUCUUCGCAUAAACAGUUGGACUAGGCUGCCGAUUCAUGAUGCCGAUUUUGGGUGGGGUCGACCCAUUUUCAUGGGGCCUGGUGCAAUUCCAUUUGACGGGAUUUCUUUCUUGUUACCAAGUGCAACAAACGAUGGGAGUUUAUCACUGGUCAUUUCUCUGAAAUCCGAGGACAUGAAAUUAUUUUCCACGUUGUUGUAUGACAUAUAAUUAAGGAAAUGAGACCGUUGAAGAAAUUUGGUGAUCAUGUUCGGUUUGAAACGCUGUCCUCUUCUUCACCUCUACGGUUGUGUAUUGGUUUGUACACGUUGCUUGAUUGAGUAUUGCAAGCUUUGUUUCAAAAGCCAUGAAUGUAUUGGUGCAUGUGGUGGACUUCCUGUCCACCAUGCUUGCUGUGUUUUAUUGUGAUUCUUAAUUUUCUCUUUCUCAUCAAAUAAAAAGAAAUCUGAAUUUAAUAUCAAUUCUGA